GAAGAUGAACUACUUCCUGUUUUACUGGACGAGUUUCCCUACCUCCACAUGUCAGAGAAUACUUGGCAUGAACUAAUGAGACAAGGCCUCACUCAGAUAGAAAAUAUCACCAAGGCUUAUCGAGAUACCAAACGGAAGAAAAGUAAAGGACAGACACAGAUAGAGGAAGCUGUAAAAAGACACGAAACGUUGACUAAAUUAGUUAAAAAACAAAUGGACAGUAUGAAAAGAGUGCGGGAAGCUAAAGAACAGAAGAAACAACAGAUUCAGUUUAAAAAUAAAAUUCACGAGAAACGUCAGCAGUCAGCACGAGCUAGAAAAUAUUAUAACGAAUAUUCUGUUAGAGCUAGAUCCAAAUUGUUGAGACGCAGAACUAAAGAAGAAAUGAUCUUUAAGAAGUUAUUUCAAGACGGUCUGUCGAUACAGAAAGAAAGGAUACAAGAUAUCAGACAAUAUGCUAGAGAACAGAGAAAUCGGCAAGCUAAACUUCGACAGGAUGAACUUGAUUCUAUGGAGAACUACUAUCGAGACCAGUUUGAAAUGUUGGCCAGUAAGGUCACCUCGGAACGAGAAGAUUUAUUAAUCAGAGAAAAAGCUCAACAAAAGGCGUUGGAUCAGCUGAAGAAAGAAUUGAGAAAGAAAAUGGAGAAAGAGAUACAGGGAUAUCAAGAUCAGUUAUUCAGAGAUGAUGAUGAUGCCUAUUUCAGACAACUUGACGCUGAUCGAUUACGUCAGGAAUUACACCUCGCUAAAUAUCAAACUAAAAUUUAA